ACCAACUUCCCUUUCAUCUUUAUGUGUAUUAGAUUCUUUUCUUAAUAUCCAAUUAAUCCACUUCUCAGUUUUGAUGGAUCUCAAUAACCAGAGACCUGCUCAAGGUGGAGAACCUUCAAUGGAGGCACGUGAUUGGAGAAGCCAAUUGCAGCAAGAUUCACGACGCAGAAUUGUUCACAAGAUAAUGGAAACGUUGAAGAGGCACCUUCCCUUCCAGGGCGAGGAGGGAUUACGUGAACUCGAGAGGAUUGCUGUAAGGUUUGAGGAAAAGAUAUAUGUUGCUGCCUCAAGCCAGUCGGAUUACCUACGGAAAAUUUCUCUCAAGAUGCUCACCAUGGAGACCAAGAAUCAGACCGCAGUGUCCGCGACACCCCCGUCCAACCUGAAGCGCCAUCGCGUCCUUCCUUGACUUUCGUAGGUACCCAUUUUCAAAAAUGGUCCCCUAGAAAAUGCAACUAUGUAUGAAAUUAAAAAAACCUUCAGAUUUCAGAGUUUCAGAAGCUCAAAGAUUACAUAUAUAGUAGCAAGAAACAGAUGUUUGUAAUAUCCAUCACUAUUCUGCCUCAUUGACCUCAUUUAGAAAAUAUCCAUUAAACUUUGGUCAUUGAAAACCCCAAGGAGUUGAUAUACAACAUUUACUGGUAAUUCUUCUUGUUCUGCUCAUCGAUUUAUCAACCAUGUAAAACUCAUGUCUUAAUUAUGUGUGACUGGUUUUGCUUUUAAAUGUGUUAUCUUCGUUU